ACACUUUCAUAAGAUAAGAUCGGCGCUGCCUGAAUGACAUUUUUCAACAGGAGUUCACACCCUGCCCUCAAAAAUCUAUUGUUCGAGCAAUCGAGUCCUCAAGAAUCAACCCACUUUUUAAGUUUUUAUUUCUAUUUUAGAGAUAGAAAAAAAAAUAGAAUCAAAAUCAACCCCUACACGCCUAGAAACAGCACUCUAAUUUUCCCGCUCUUUGGAGCUGCAUAUCGCCACUGUUUUCCGUUUUCUGACUUAUUUUACUGAGUAUGUUCUAACUAAUUUCUGAGGUCGCAUUUCGAAACCGGAGUUGCUAAAGCGCGGAGUUUAUUUUACUUCCAGCGUCGAUAAUGGGGGAUGCGAAGCGCUGGGACGUGACGUACACGAAGCACAUCAAGCAGAAGCGCAAAGUGUACCAAGACGGUUUUCUAGAGGUUCACUCUUCAAGCCACAAGGUUACUCUCUAUGAUGAUUGUGAGAAGGUUUUGGGUAGUAAGUUUAUGAAGAUUGAAAGUAAUGUUAAAUCAGGCGAAACACUAGCAUUUGAUUCUUUCCUUGUUGAUAUUGGUGAUCUACAUGGUGAACACAAGCCCACAGGAAAUGAAACUUCUGAGGCAAGGGAUAAGAAUAUUGAUAUGAAACCCCGGUCAUUUCACAACCCUAAAUUCAGGAAUAGCUCAGUUGUUGAGGACAGGAAGCCAUAUGUCAGGGAGAAGAAAGCAUUGACAAGUUCUCUAAGCCCAUCACAGAAACUAAUAAGAGAAUGGCAGGUCUUGUACACCACUCAAUUAACUCAAAAAGCUAAGAAAUUCCAUGAUGGUUUUUUACAAGUUUCGAUGAGUGGUUCACAAUGCAAGCAGGCCAUGCUCUAUGAUGUUGCCAAAGGACUCUUGAGUAGCAGGUUUCUGAAAGUGAGUGAAACUAUUCAGUGUGGCGAAUCAAUAACUUUUGAUGGUUUCUUAGUAGAGAUUGGAGAAUGUGAAGGAAAUCAAAAGCCUCUUCUAGACUCAAGUUUUAAAGGAAGAAAUAUUGGAGUGACACAUGAUCAAAUACACUGUCAGCGUACCUCUCCUUCUGAAUGGUAUGUCAUGUACACUUCUCAGUUAACUCAGAAAAGAAAGAAGUAUAAUAGUGGAGUUCUCAGACUCUCGUCUUGUGGUUCCUUUCAAUCUCAGGUCACCCUGCUCACAGAAGGGGGAGACAUACUAGGUCGCAGGUUCCUCAAGUCAUCUGAACAUGUGGAAACUGGAGCUACAUUAAAUCUUCCAAAUUACUUAGUUGAAGUUGGCGAAACUCACACAGUUCUAGAAGAACCUCAACAUGGCGCUUAUGCCCAUAAAGAUACUGUUUCAAUCACAAAAAGAUUCAGUUUAAACAAUAGCAAGUUCAGCAGGGGCAUCUCUGCAAACAAUUCUGCUCUUGAAAGCAAUUCAGAAACUUUGCACAGCAAAGCUCAAAAUAGAACAUCUUUGAAAGAGGGAGUGAAUUUGAACCCUAGAAACUCCAGUUUCGCAAAUUCUACCAUCGGCGCUGAAGUUUCCAAGAAGCAUGUACGUGCUGCUUGUGAAAUCUUGUGUAAUCUAAAGAAACCCAUUAUUUCGGGACAUGUUUCAAGGGAAGGUGCCUCUCCUGAUGAGAUCGAAACAAUGCAACCAUCAGAUCACAAGAGACUUCGCAAAGAAGAAGAUGAAGAAACCAUCAUUACAGAUACCACAAGCUGCAAACCUAUAGCUGUUGAAUCUACUGUUUACUUUAGAGAAAAUCUAACUGGAGAGAUACUUGGAGCAACAACAAAUGACCUACUCCCUAAUUUUUCCAAGAUGCAUCCUUCCUCCUCACAUGAAAGUUCUGUAGAAAUAGGAAUACCAGAUGGAAAAGAAGAGGAAGGGAACGUAAGAUUGGAAACAAAAAGAAAAGAAAAGUCCUUUGAAUUUGCUUUAGAGGUGAUGCAACAUUGUCAAGAGACAAAGGAGUGUGAAGUAGAACCACUCUGUCCUUCAAAAUCUCAGUCAAGUGCCCUUGAAGUGGCUGUCCUUCAUGAUACCGAAGACAAUGUUGAGCUCAACACCGGUGGAAGUAAAGACGAUGGGUUUCCAAGUUUUGAUCUCGGAUUUUGAACUCAACCAGUACAAACUAAUAAGCUUCAUUUAUAAGUGGCCAUGUGGGCCAUAACCAUUUAUAAAGUCC